GAAAACAAUGACACCCUACGCUCCCCGAGAAGACGCAAAAUACAAUGCCAAGCUGCGCCAAGCUGCAAGAUAUACAACCAAAGGCGCACUAACAUAAUAUGCAGCGGCAAAGCUAUCUACACUCUCAAUGACCUCAUUAAUUCCUCUCUUCUUAUCCCAUUCCCUCUCAACAACCUUCCCCUCCCCACCCCGAAAGCUAAAGAUGAGUUUGACAUACUCCUCGAGUCCGUCCUAAAUGACUCCUCCAUCCCAGCCGAUAUGCGUCAGCGCCUCCACCCGCCCAAGUCACAGCCUCUUCGACCGAAUGCCAUGACGUGGGCCAGCCGCCUCGACGACACGCACUACAAUCUUAGACGCGGGCAGGUGCGUGCCUUUGACGAGGACAGCAAAUACUAUAUGCAGAUAUGGCCAGGCCAGUACAGUGGCCGGGAUUACCUGUGGGAGGGCGUGCGGCUGCUCGAGGCGGUUCCGUUCGAGAGCGGGUGCAUUGGCUGCAUUGUGGCGGAUAACUAUAUGGUGGAGGGGAAUGAAAACCUGACAGGGUCGAUCCUGCGCAGCGAACUGCUCUGUGCAUGGUGUCUGGUUUGUCGGCAGAUGCAGGAAUACCCGCAUCUUAGGCAACUGAGUGUCUUGAUUAUUACCAUGACUAGCAGAUUGAUGCGGGUCAUACAAGCUAUUGUACCAGACACCAAGGCGCUUACUCUGGAGAAACCUGCUAUUGCGAUGCGCGUUGUCUGGCAGCAGGAGCUGGACUCUAUGACUGGCGAGACUGAUGACGGGAGAAACAACUGGAGGCAGGCCCUAGGCUGGCUAGUCUUCAACACAAAGACUGAAGAUCAGGUGUUGGUUCUGCCCAAGAAUAGCUCAGGGGCGCUCGUGGUCAGCACCAAGGGCAAGGUGGAUCGCUUCCCCGGGGCCACCUGCGUCAUUACCAAGCGGAGGACAGCAGGCCGGCGGCGCGAGGCGCUGGUGACGUGGGAAAUACUAAAGGUUGGCUGCGUCGGCUAUGGCACUAUCGAUGCGGAGGCCGAAAUGCUCAUAGUCAAGCGCGACUGGCUGGCACCAGUCAUCGAGAGCCUAGCUAGAGCCCUCAAUCUUCCUGAUUAUGGCUCUCUUAUCGAUGAUUUGAAGCGCGGUUGUGUCCUUGUCAUUCCCGAUGUAGACAAGGACGAGCCUGUUCUUUUCAUCAACAACGCCACGCCCCAGGAGUUAGCACUCAAGGACGACUCCGUGGAGGACUCGAGCGCAAAAGACACCCAUGUCGAUCAGGGCACCAGAUCUAUCGUGCUGGUAAUCGAUGACAAGCCGGCGAUUCGCAUGCUGAUCAUUGAGACUCCGGAGGAAAACGGCUCUCGCGUGAUCGAAACUGAUGAUAGUCCCGCCAGCCUGGUAGCCGACGUGGCGCAAAAGGCAGCGGCCGGGCCAGUGCUGAAGGUCGUUUUCAUCACCGGCUUCGCCGAGAAUGUCGCGAUAGCUAGAGAGAACUAG